UUUGUGUUCAAACUUCUGUAUGUUGUUGAGUUGAUUGUUCUGUGUCAUGCUCGGAAGUAAUUAUGCCUCCAAGAAAGUGUUUCGGAACGGGAAAACGUAAGUUUUGUGAUAAUCGGUUUAUUUCGUUGGCAAUUAGAGACUGUGAAAUUACAUCCACAAACCAAAUGGAUGUUAUGUCGACAGAAGCUGAAAUAUUUGAGUACCCAGAUUGACAUUUAUAUAAAAUAUGAUUAAAACACUGUAACGGAAUGUGUUUCCAUAAUUACUGAAUUGUGUGCUUUAUGUUCGCUUCUAAAGAAUGCUGCUGUGUGUGUGUUUUGUGGAAAUGUGGUAUUAAUAUCGUCGAAGAUUUUGAAGGCAGGAAAGGUGUGGCUAGUAAGUUAUAAGAGUUUAGUGAUUUCUGUGGGGUAACUAAAACUAGGUAUUCUUCUGGAUUGUGCAACGGAAGAGUUUAUAAUACAAAUAUCAGACUUGCAUAUGGAAUGUGGUGUAUUGGGAAGGACAGAGAGGCAGCUCAAAGAUUUUGUGCUAUAAUGAAUUUGCCCUCACCUAUAAGAUUUGAGAAGUACACACAUUUACUUCUUGAAAGUCUUAGCCAAGUGAGUGUUGUCAAUGAAGAAAGCAGUGCUAUGCAAUAAAGGUGGCAGUGGUAUAGCUGCAGCCUUUGAUGGGACAUGGCAGAAGCGUGGUCACCUAUGAUUGAAUGGUGUUGUCACCGCAACAUCCCUAGAAAAUGGAAAGGUGAUUGACAUAGAAUAUAUGACAAAGUACUGUCAUGGUUGCAAAUGAAAUAACCAGCAUCAUUUUUGUGUUCAGAAUUUUUCUGGGUACAGUGGUGGAAUGUAAUCAGAGGGAGCUCUCAGAAUAUUUCGAAGGUCAGAGGAGAAUUAUGAUGUACGGUUGUGAAGUACCUUGGAGAUGGAGACUCCAAAGGGUUUGCAAAUGUGAUGGAAAAUUGCCUUAUGGAAGAACUGUAAAAAUUGAAAAGUUAGAGUAUGUUUGUCAUGUCCAAAAGAGGAUGGGCACACAUUUACGUAAGUUAAUAAAAGAUAUGAAGGGGAAGAAGCUCAGUGAUGGCAAACCAAUUGGUGGUCAGGGUCGUCUUACUAAGGAAGAGGUGGACAAACUGCAGCUCUAUUGUGGUUUAGUCAUAAUGCGGAAUCGAGACAAUAUUGAGGCUAUGAAGAAAGCAGUAUGGGCUACCUUCUUCCAUAAAGCUUCUGUGUAUGACCAUCCACAGCAUGCCCUCUACGACUAUGGUGUAGACACAUGGUGUGGAUACAAAAAAGCAUUAGCAAUUGGUGAAACUUAUGCACACCAUCACUCCCUGCCAUUUGAGGCAUUGGAAACAAUUAAGCCCAUAUAUAGGCACCUAAGUGACGCUAAAGUAUUGUCAUGGUUCUUACAUGGAAAGACACAAAAUGUUAAUGAAUGUUUCAACCAUGUGAUAUGAGAACACCUGCCUGAAACUGUGUUUGUUGGUUUUAGUACCAUGAGAUGAGGUGUAUUAGAUGCAGUUAUUUGCUUUAAUGAUGGAGCAGUUAGCAAAUGUGAUGUUUUAGAAUUGUUGGGUCCUACUCCUGGUUUCAAUAUGAGACAAGCAUUGAUGAAAAUUGAUUCCUUGAGAGAGGCCGAAGGCGAAAAAUGGGCUCUUGAGGCAACUAAAGAGGCCAGAAUAGCAAAGAGGAGCAAGAAAAGGAAGAUAGAAGAUGAGAAACACACAAACCAAGAAUAUUAUGCAAGUGGAGUGUUUAGAGAACAACAGAGAUUCACGGGUCCGGAGAACAGCGCGGCCACAGCGGCCGCCAGAGAGUCCAGAGAGUGUCAUCACGACACGCCGGGACGAUCCCAUAGAGACGGAGUCUUCGCCUCCUCCUCCUCCUCUCGUCCUCCCGCUGGAACUGCACCCGCCCACACCGCAGCAGUCGCCGCCUUCUUCAUCUGGUUCAUGGCAGCAGGAGGUGGACGCGUACCCUUCUGGUCGUUUUGCGGGGGACGUUUCUGCCAGAGCGCAGGCCGGAAGCUUGACGUCCCCUGCAGCCACAGCUUUCUGCCCGUCGGAGCGACCACACUCCGGCGUACCCCGCAGUGGUCGCACUCCAUACAGGAGGACAGUUCGUCGCUUUGGGGGCGAGGCAAGUUCUGGCGUAACCACAAGCGCUGGGACUAAUUCAAAGACGUAAAACCAGAGAAUGGGUAGAGCUAAUGUCAGCCAGCAGCCGCUGACAAUGAUCGAGCCGCGCCAGGAGCACUCCCUGCAUGAAGUGAAUAUAAGCGCUGCUUCUGCCAGCCUCGGUCGCUCAAAUCGUAUACAGACAGUAGUGGACAGGAUUCCUCGAGCAGUAUUAGUGACGUAUGUCAACUUCCAGGAACAUUACACAUAGCCAAGGAUUCUAAAUUAUAUUUUGUCACCCCUCGCUUGCGACUACUACUUGUAAAUUUCAAAGUUAAGUAUUGUCAAUCUGCUUAUUUGAAAUAAAACUACUAAUGU